AAUAAGUAGGAUGAAUACCCCCGUUCACGUUAAACAACUCAAACCUCAUCCACAUCAAAACAUCUUGAGAGAGAAAUGGCGAGACAUUUAGAAGAUAUAAUGAGCAUGGCGACAACAACACACCUCCAUGUUAGUUACCUUUUUCAUGUUGUGUUCUUGGCUCUAUUCAGCUGUUGUGUCCUCUCGGCUCUGUUACUCUCAUGUGCCGACGGAGCAUCCAGCGACAGCGACCUAGCCUAUUCCGGCAACACCCCUGAUGCGGGAGGUGCUGGCUGCGGUGGUGGUUGUGGAGAUUAAGAGUUCUUUCGUCUUCGUCAUGGACUACUUUUGUAUUGUGAUUUUUGUUGUCAGCUUUGGUAUAGAAGCUCUUUCCUUGUUUUUUUUCAAAAAUAUAAGAAUUGGUUGUGUGAAUGUAUUACUAAAGCAAACUUUUGUUUCUAAACCGGGUAAACCAAUCCAAAUCCCAUAUUGAAACCCAGGGGAGUAGAUUCAUAUCAUAAUCCAUAAAGAAACGUUGAAUGUCUCAUGGUCCUAAUAGGCCCCAACAAGUACACGACCAAGUUUCAGACAAGAGGAGAAUCAAAACCAAAAUUAAAAUAUGGAGUUACCAUCAAUUCUUUAUGGAUCCGGAAUCCGGAUCAACUGAUGGUUAACUGGAUUCUUUAGUGAAACGAGAACAAAAGCACGAACCAA